AUGGAACAGUUUAGCACCAACCAUGUUUCAUUAAUGGAACAAUUUAGCACCAACCAUGCUUCAUUAAUGGAACAAUAUAGCACCACCCAUGCUUCAUUAAUGGAACAAUAUAGCACCAACCAUGUUUCAUUAAUGGAACAAUAUAGCACCAACCAUGUUUCAUUAAUGGAACAAUUUAGCACCAACCAUGUUUCAUUAAUGGAACAAUUUAGCACCAACCAUGCUUCAUUAAUGGAACAAUAUAGCACCAACCAUGUUUCAUUAAUGGAACAAUAUAGCACCAACCAUGCUUCAUUAAUGGAACAAUAUAGCCCCAACCAUGCUUCAUUAAUGGAACAAUAUAGCACCAACCAUGUUUCAUUAAUGGAACAAUAUAGCCCCAACCAUGCUUCAUUAAUGGAACAAUAUAGCCCCAACCAUGCUUCAUUAAUGGAACAAUAUAGCACCACCCAUGCUUCAUUAAUGGAACAAUAUAGCCCCAACCAUGCUUCAUUAAUGGAACAAUAUAGCCCCAACCAUGCUUCAUUAAUGGAACAAUAUAGCACCAACCAUGUUUCAUUACUGGAACAAUAUAGCACCAACCAUGCUUCAUUAAUGGAACAAUAUAGCCCCAACCAUGCUUCAUUAAUGGAACAAUAUAGCCCCAACCAUGCUUCAUUACUGGAACAAUAUAGCCCCAACCAUGCUUCAUUACUGGAACAAUAUAGCACCACCCAUGCUUCAUUACUGGAACCAUAUAGCACCAACCAUGUUUCAUUAAUGGAACAAUAUAGCCCCAACCAUGCUUCAUUAAUGGAACAAUAUAGCACCACCCAUGCUUCAUUAAUGGAACAAUAUAGCACCAACCAUGCUUCAUCAAUGGAACAAUAUAGCACCACCCAUGCUUCAUUAAUGGAACAAUAUAGCACCAACCAUGCUUCAUCAAUGGAACAAUAUAGCACCAACCAUGCUUCAUCAAUGGAACAAUUCACCACAUCCAACCAUACUUGGAUGUGA